CAUGGACGAACUCAACGUGUGCACUCAAGGUGAAAAUUACUCGGCCCAACAAGGUUCCUUCGAAGGACCAGAGAAACUACUCGAAAUCUGGUUUUCACCAGCAUCCGAAAGCUUGCGAGACCACCAGAACCUCAAAAAAGCUUCUUCUUCAUCAUCACUCUCUUCCUCCUCCUCCUCCUCUUCUUCUUCGUCCUCUUCACCCUCACCAUCCUCUUCUACACAAGAUCUAUCAGAAUCACAUCCACCUAGCCCAAAAGACUCUCUCACAGGUCUACGCACCGUUUCUCGUGCAGUCUGGGAUGAUAUGCUGGCCAUUGUAAAGUGUACAGUCCUAAAUGUUAUCACAAGCACCGAUGUAGAUGCCUAUCUUUUGAGUGAAUCAUCCAUGUUUGUCUAUCCCCACAAGAUCAUCAUCAAGACCUGCGGCACAACCACCUUGCUAUUGGCACUUGAUCGCUUACUGGAAAUUGCUCAUGAAACCUGUGGCUUUGAAAAAGUCUGGCGUGUGUUCUAUUCUCGUAAAGCAUUCAUGUUCCCUGAGCGUCAAAGUGGUCCACAUAGAUCUUGGGAUAACGAGGUUGAUUUUCUUGAUCGUUAUUUCGACAAUGGAUCGGCGUACAAGAUCGGCAAGAUUGAAAGUGACAGCUGGUUCCUGUACAUUACCAAGCCAGCAGACGAUGUACUUCAUCACCCUCAACCACGCACACAUCCACAUGCUCACCUACAAGCCGCCGCUCACGAACAGGAUUACAUGAGUGGGGCAUCGACACCAUGCGCAUCAGACAGCGAAGAUCUAUCUCCGUUUGGUAACCAAGGUCAUCCUUCUUACCCUGACCAAACUGUCGAGAUUCUUAUGACACGCCUCGGAAAAGAGAAGAUGAAGAAAUUCUACCACGAUUCUGAAAAGACAGAACCUGGAACGGUCGGUGGACGGUGGGUUGACGCUGAGACUGGAAUCGGGGCGCUUUAUCCCGACGCGCUGCUGGAUUCUUUUCUGUUUGAGCCCUGUGGCUACUCAUCCAAUGGACUGGCUGGCACACGCUACUUCACUAUCCACGUUACACCUGAAGACAACUGCUCGUACGCCUCAUUUGAGACUAACAUUCCGGUUGAAAACUCGCACAGCGAACGCGGAAAACAGGCAGGCGUGACUCCAAUUGAAGCCUUGGUGAGCCAGGUGGUCAAGGUGUUUGAUCCCCAGAGUUUCACUGUCACAUUCUUUACAUCUCACCACAAGGAGCAUCACAGCCACAGCCACAUGGUACGAUCAAUGGUUCAUGUCAAGGGCUACAAGCGAACCGAUCGUACAUUGUAUGAAUUUGAUGGAUAUGACUUGGUCUAUGGCCACUACACAAAGCAAGAAUUUGAUCUUUUAUAA